UGCCUGAAUUCCCUCCUCAGCCGCGCUGGCCGGCCGGGCCCCGAGCGGGAACGAGGAGGAAGGAAGGCAGGCAGGCGUCGCGGCCUGGGCGCCUCGGGUGAGCCGACGGAGCCUCGAGAAGCAGGCAGUGCGAUGUCCACAGCGGAACAGCAACCAACAGAGCCUUCUUUAUCAUCUAACUCUAAUUCAUCCAGCUACUAUGAUGCAGUGGAAGCAGAGUCAGCGAAUAAAUAUGAACCCGUUUCCCCCCAUUGGUUUUACUGCAAGGAAGUAGAUUCCAGGGAAAGAUGGAUUCCCUUCAGUGGACAAGAUUCAGAGAAGUUGGAAAUUGCCCACCAAUCCAGCAAGCACUGUGGUGACCUGGUUGUUCCAACAGAAGGGGGCAGGUAUGACGUACACUUGCAGAAGAGGCUGCGAUGUGCUGUUUACUGGGAUGAGACUGAAUCUGAAGUGAGACGCUGCACUUGGUUUUACAAGGGAGAAAAAGACAACAGAUAUAUUCCAUACCCUGAAAACUUCAGUGAAGAAUUGGAGGAUGCCUACAUGAUCUGUGUGACUUUAGACGAGUGGAAAAAGAAACUAGAGUCCCCAACCAGAGAAGUAAUCAUAUUACACAAUCCAAAGUUGAUGGUACAUUACCAUCCAGUAGCAACCACUGAUGACUGGGGUGCAAGCCCUGCUGAACAGGGCCGGCCAAGGACAGUGAAGAGAGGAGUGGAAAACAUUUCUGUUGACAUCCCUAACGGGGAACCUCCACAAAUAGAUCAUUUGGUUUUUGUUGUCCAUGGGAUUGGACCGGCCUGUGAUAUUCGGUUCCGAAGUAUUGUCCAGUGUGUUAAUGACUUCCGCAAUGUUUCCUUGAGCAUGCUAGUGACACACUUCAAGAAAGCGCAGGAACAGCAACAGAUUGGCCGGGUAGAAUUCCUCCCAGUGAAUUGGCACAGUACCUUACAUACGGGUGUGGAUGUAGACCUGGAGAGAAUCACCUUGCCAAGCAUCAACCGCUUACGUCAUUUCAUCAAUGACACCAUCCUAGACGUUUUCUUUUAUAAUAGCUCCACCUAUUGUCAGACCAUUGUGGACACCGUUGCUUCAGAAAUGAACCGACUCUACCUUCUCUUCUUGGAGAGGAAUCCUGACUUUAAAGGAGGAGUCUCAUUAGCAGGUCACAGCUUAGGAUCGCUUAUACUGUUUGACCUUCUCACAAAUCAAAAAUGCACAUCUGAUGAAGAGGAAAAUAAAGAUGAGGGCCCCCGAAAACUGGCAGCCAUCCCAGAAGGCAUGAAGUCGGUGAAGGAUGUUUUAACAGAACUUGAACUUUCUGAAUACUGCUCAGUGUUUGAGAAAGAGGAGGUGGACAGUCAAGCCCUGGCCUUAUGCACAGAAAAGGAACUCAGAGACAUGGGAAUUCCAUUGGGACCCCGAAUGAAGAUCCUGCAUUACAUAAAGAGUAAAAGCAACAGCCAGUAUUCUAAAGAGCAAACACCUUCAGCUUCCAAGGAAGGAGGAGACACCAGACGGGAGGCCCCUCUAAUAUCUGCGCAGGGUGGGACGAGUGGCCAACAUCCGGAUGUUGUGACAGGGCAGGUCCAUGCAAAUUACCCUCAGCUCCUCUACAAACCGGAGAUCUUCUUUGCCUUUGGUUCCCCCAUUGGGAUGUUCCUCACUGUACGUGGUGUGAAAAGGAUCGACCCGGACUACAGGCUGCCCAAUUGCAAAGGUUUCUUCAACAUCUUCCAUCCCUUUGACCCUGUGGCAUACAGGAUUGAGCCCAUGAUUGUCCCUGAUGUGGAAUUUGAGCCGAUGCUGCUUCCUCACCACAAAGGCAGGAAGAGAAUGCAUUUAGAACUGAAAGAAGGCCUCACGCGGAUGAGUAUGGAUCUGAAAAACAACUUACUGGGAUCUUUGAAAAUGGCCUGGCAGUCAUUUACCAGGACUUCAUUGCCAGCUGUGGAGGCAGGGGCCACUGGAGAUACGGAACAUGAAGUGGAAGAUGAAGCCAAUUCCAAGAAGCAACCAGAAGAGAAACCUGAAGAGUCGGCCACACCGGUGAAGGAAGAGCCUGCUCCAGUUAAUGUGGGCAUGCUCAAUGGAGGCCACCGCAUUGACUAUGUGCUACAAGAGAAGCCAAUUGAAAGCUUUAACGAGUACCUCUUUGCCCUGCAAGGCCACCUCUGUUACUGGGAGUCAGAAGACACGGUGCUAUUGCUGCUGAAGGAGAUCUACCAAACGAUCGGCGUCAGCAUGGACCAGUCUCUUCCGUAAAUCAGAAAUAACUUGCUGCAGUGGUCUGGUUUCCAAAUAUUUCAUGCUGAAAGCGCAUUGAGGCUCCUUGCCAUCUUCCUCCUCUCUCAUCUGUAGCUGACGUGUGUCCAGUGUGCUUGACCUCAACUGACUGGAGCUUUGGAGGAUUCCCCACCCCUAUGUAUUCCACAGGAAGCACAGUCUCUUGAUUGUACCUCUUCCUCCUGGACUUGCUGGGCUGCAUCCUCUGAUUGGAGGCCAGUCUGGGUAUACCACCUGCAUCCAUUGGUAGUGCAGACUCCCCAUGCCCUGUUCAGCUGGAAAGCCCUCACAGUGGAUGUUGAUAUUCCAAGGAGAGUAAAGCUGCUAAGGGUUUGGACAGACUGUAGGAAACAGGCCACACGGGCCACACGGGACCUCCAGUACCAUACAUUUUGUUUUUAAGAGUUUGUGUGUGUGCUCGUAUGUUUGCACACACACACGUGUGUGUAUCUAUCUAUAUAGAUAUUUAUAAGUAUAUAUAUAUAUACACACACAGACACAUAUAUCUAUCUAUGUAUUUAUACACCCUCCUUUAUUGCUGCUGCUUCAUCCAGCAGGUGGAGCUACAGACCAAAGCAAAAGACUGUCCAAGGCUAUUCUUGACUUGAACCACAGUCAGUGUGAAUGAUGUGCUAGCCGUUGCUGUAUGUUAUGACAGCUACAUUCAGAAAAGCAGAUAGUUGGCUACUCAGGCCAGGAAGAAACUGAUAGGCACGUGAAACACUACAUUUAUUCCUACCUUUCUUCUGCACAGAAGUCACUCUUUUCAUUAUGGCAUGACCUCCCUUCUAUUUAAAUGAGUUGGACUUUAGAUAGCUGUAGCCUACUGGAGAAUCUGGAUUCCCACUGCUGUCUGUCUUGAGAGCUGUGCGGUGUUCAGGCAACUGUGCCAUGAGGCAGAGAGCCGUGUUGCUAGGAGAUUUGUGGCUUUACUUUGUGUUCCAGCUGGUUCUCUAACCUGGUGUGAACACUUUGAAAGAAGAACACAGUUUGUUUGCAGUCCUUGGCUUUUAUUAACACUAGAUGGGUCCCAGUGACUGAACAUCUAUUUCACCAGUGGCUAAAUCUUGAUUUUUAUCAUAGAAAAGUAUACCUGGGCUAAGGAAAAGAGACAGAGCCAAUGCAGUAGUCAGCCACCAGCUUGAUGCACAUUGGGAGCUGUGUUUGAUAGCACAUGGUUAUACCCUAGCAGGCAACGUAAGACAACUGAGACCCCCAAUUUCUGUCUGCUUUCCUGGAGUUCUGGAUGGCAAGUUAAAGCAGGCCUGUACACAUUCAUUAUCUCCACAAUAGAUUCCCACUGAAAUCAUGGAGUAGUGACAUCAAGGCAAACCUCUAAUUACCACAAGGAAUGCAGUGGAUUCUUGCCUUACCUGCACCUGAGGCUUGGGUAAGAAAGGAAACAGAUGGGGAAAACCAUUUCCUGUUUCUCCUAGAAACUGCAGUGAAAACAAAAGUCUAUUUCAGAUUGCAGGGUGCCCUCAUCAGAGUGUCAAGGUACUUACUUCCACCAGGCAGCACGGUCUCUGGUGAAUGAAAUCUGCAUUGCAGUUGGACACAUGCCAGAACAGUAGAGUAUUUUGUUCUGUUUUUCCCCCAGCAUGUUCUCCUGUGCUUGGAUACUGGAGAACUCAAAGCAUAGGCCUACUAGAGCUUCAGGAUGAGUGCUAAUGCAGACCCUUUAUGCUGCACCUGAUGUUACAGGGUUGCAGAACGGCUUCACCCAGCAGAGAUGGUCCUUUGUGUCUUGGCAUGAAUGUCAGAGAGUGGCUAACAAUCUCCAUGGCUUUACCGGGAUUUUCAUGGAAUCCUUUCUACAAGGUGGGUGGUGGCAGCAGCAAGCAGUGUGUUCAGGAGAAGGACAUGACUCUGUUGUAUUGUUCUCAUGCUGUGUAUCAAAACUCGCCGUCAGGCAUUUGACUUGUUUAUUCCCCCUGAUCUGUUUGCACCAUUUGUCACGGCAUUAUCCCUUCCCCUUCUCUCUCCACCCUGCCGCUAUGAAGGGGCGGCAUUAUUUAGCACAACCAAGUUCUGGGUCAGACUCUUGCUGCAGCAGGGAUGCUCAUAGGAGUUCAGCCUCGUUCAGUCUUAAUCCCACGCAACAAUUGAAAGUUUAUGCACUUUGUAAAAUAUAUCUAUUUAAAAGAAGUUAUUUAACUUUUUUCAGUAAAUACUUUUGUCUUUG